AUGCUGACAAUGCGUCAGCUGGUUCCCCCCUCUGUGACACACCUCGCACGUCCUUUUCUUUUAGUGGAUGGUCGCACUGUGGUGCUAACCGCUAUCGCUUCCUCCUUAUAUGUGCGGAUACCCAUCUGGAAGACAGACGUGUACGGAAAUGCGGAGUGUACUCUGGGUCACACAGUGGAUGAAUUAAAUUUAGGAAGCGUUGCUGUAGAUAUUGUGCCAUGCGCACAUCAGUGCUUCGUGGUGCUGACACAAGAUAAUGAAGUAGUGGUGGGAAGAUACCAAGCAAAUUUGCCAACACCACGUGAUUCAUGGCUAGAAGAUGAUGUGCUGCACCCAAACAAUUCAUGGAUUAUUUUACACCGUGGUAAACUCUCAACAGCACGACUCGGUAGUCGCUCUGCUCCUUCCAUGUGUCCACUUUUUGCCUGUGGGUUAAGUGGAACUGUUGUGCAGUGUAGUAUUUUUCGCGGUUGGCGUCAUGCAAUUAGAAUUGUUAUCCCAAGUAACGCAUCUGAUACUUUUUUACGUGAGAAAUGGAUUUUAGAUGUUCCACAUGGGGUAGGGUCCUUUUCAUAUGGUGUUGCACCUUUCAAGCGUGAUGUGAUAGAAGAGUCGGAUGAAGAUCUUUUAGUGCAAUGUACUGUCGCUGAAUUGGCAGAGCGCAAGCGUACACAAUGUCAGUCAAUAGUAACACCUCCGUGUGGUUCUCCUCCUGUAAGAGUCAUUGUAGAUGUUGGUACUGCUGAUGAUACGAUAGUUGCAAUGGCUUUGAUGCCAAGGUUACAUUAUUCAAGAAAUGACAGUUUUGUAUUUGUGUCUGCGUACCGUAAUUCGUUAAAGGUCUAUGAAGUUCAAUCUUCAUCUCUCUUGAAAGACUUGGCAGCCAGUAUAUCUGUUGAUGGAUCUCCUUACUUUGUAUUAACACUCCCAGAACGAAUGUUGGUACUUUCAAUGCUUGGUGGUAUACACAUACUUUCUGUCCUCCUUCUUGACGGUAACACACCGAUUGGUAUGGCUGCUCAUACACAGAGUUGGGGGGUCAUUCGUCUCGCACGGAGCUUACAGAAGGUUGUGGCAGGUGUCGUACUGCAGCCAAAAGAUCAGCCGCCGCACAUCAGUACAAAGGAAGUCUUAUGGCUGCUGCUUGAUAAUGGCACACUGACGGAGGUACCGUUAAGCGCAUGGCUCUCGCAGGAUGGCCAGACGGUCUUGUGUGACGCCCCCGGCAUUCACUCGGGCGACUGCGAGGACGGCGAGUGGCCGCAGAGUUGCAUUGCCGGUUUGCCGUCGGGAUUCCGCGCGGUUUCACUGCUGCCGCUGCAGCACCGCCGCGGGUGUUGGGCGCCGUACGUGGGGACAGGACGGUAUGCGUUGUUGAGUGAUGGCGUGGCUGACACUUACAUCAUUGAUCUCAUCGCCCGGCGGGUAGUGGGGGGUUUAUGUUCACAAGGCGCCAUGACGGCGGCCUGCACGGGCCCUGGUGUGAGUCUACUGGUGGCAUACAGCAAAGGUGUACUGCAGCGUCUCUCACCAGGCCUUAACGCACCAGCGCGGGUAUGUGCGGAACUUGCGGCUAUUCGAUACAUGCAGCCACUACCGCACAUGGAUACGACACAGUCUUCCAGUUUGGUGUUUCAUUUCUUGGCAACUACCGCAACACACACGGUUAUUUUGGAGGGGGCGGUUGGAUACUUAAAGAAAGUGCGAGAGACGCAUGAUUUUAUACUUGAUGAACCAACCCUCGCAGUAUACUCAGCAUCAGCGUCCCAAACGCUAGUAGCAGCAACAACAACAGCAGCAGCAGUUUCUCCGUCGGUUUCACCAUCAUCUUUUUUUUCUUUCGCUCAAUGCACUCCCACGCAACUUAACCUCUCCGGAAAAUGCAUACCACUGAGAGAAUUACUGCCGGAAUUUGAGAGUAUUUCUCAUGCAUAUUUCGGAGGUAAUAACUUUAUCACCAUUGCGGAUAGUAGACGCAUGGCGGUUCUUUGGAUUGAUAAUGGGAAUGCUCCACGUGUUGUCAUUCAAGAGUCUCUCCCAGGCGAUAUAUCGCAUCUGACUACAUGGCCUAUAAAUGAAGAGAAACAACAAUGGGGUGUGGCAACAUGCCUUUGGUCACAUGAGAUUGUGGUAUUGUUGCUAAAUGAAUCUUUUGUACACCGAUAUGUGCUUCCUAUAUCUGUCGUCGUUAUUUCUAGUUUCCCAUUGGGAAAUAAUAUCAAAGGUGACACCAUCUAUAGUAGUAAUACUAAUACCAAGAAUCAUAAGACGACAGAUGACAUCUACAAAAUGAGUGGAGUAGGACUGACGCUUGUAGAUCGCAGAACGGCUGUAUUGCACUGCGACACUGUGGAAAAUUCACCUACCCUUAAAGUAUUGGAGGAUGUUGAUGGUGAUGUAUUUUCUGCAGAUAGUUGUUUUCCGGUUUUUGCACUUGGCGGAAAGGUUAACCCUAGACCACAUUUUAACCUUAUGGCACUGCGUAACAAUACAGUUGAACUUGUAGCGUUAGACUCUAGUGCCGUUAUUAUGGAGCAGUUGGGUGUUGCCUUGUCCCCACAUUCAGCAGGGAUCUUGGGUGGUGGUUAUUGUAGUUAUAAUAGUACUAGUGCUACUACUAUUGUUGAGGGUAGUCCUACAUUCCGCUGCGGUUUUUUAUUGUAUAUUCCAUCUUCUUCAUUUUACAUAAUCGUCCUGGCUGAUGCGACACAACUGGCCGUGUGGUCAUUACCUGAAGUUAUUCCCCCAACAGGGAAGACCGCCUCAUCUUCUCAUCGCCGUAGUGUACUACGUCGUGGUCCUGUGGCGUACCAAGUAACACGAUCAUUGCAGUUGCCAGCUGUUACAACGUAUGAACACCGUCUCUCACGUAUUGUGUACCUCCCGUUUUCUAAUACAAUUGUGGCACUCACAGACCGUGGGGAGGCGACGUCACUUGUUAGUACUAUUGAUGCAGAGACUUUUCGCGUCCUUGACGCUCUUCCUAUGGCAACACGUGAGAUUCCAACUUGUAUUGAAUCACUUUCUGCUGGUACGGCCGUUGCUACCACUUCUGCUGCUGCAGACGCUGUUGUAAUUGGUACUGCUGUACAACCACUUGUGACGACUAGUGAGCCAAGUGAGGGACGUUUACUAGUUUUGCAUGUGCGACCACUUCGCAUUUCCGCCGUAGCGUGUAUUCAAACAGGUGGAGUACUUGACAUCUCUGUACAAGGAUUUGGUGAAGAGCAACUCAUCGCGGUAGCGGCUAUUGAUCGUGUGUUGGUUUACCGUCUCACUGGAGUUACCCUAACCCAUCUCUGUUCCACCGAUACAAAAUCUGCCUGUACCACCGUGGCGUUACGUUAUCCGUUUAUCUCAUGUGGUCUAGAGUUGUGGGGAACUCAAUAUAUGCAGUUGUUACCGGAAGGAACCGGAACUGGAGACCCGGAUGAGUGGGAAAGUCUCUCAACUGUAUCACACAAUGACGAAUAUGAAAACGUCCCAAAUAUGGAAAUCAACAAGAACAAUUCUAACAAAUAUGAAGGUGAGAAGGAAUCAUCUGUUCCGCAAUCGUCGUCUGGUGCAGGUGCCCCAUGGUCUCGAUGGCGUGGGGUAUCUUUUACGUUAAAAUCCUGUGUGCUUGAACCUGCCGCCUUUGCUGCUGUACACUCUCAAUCUACUUACGGUGAUGAUUUUGUGCGUGUGGACUCUGCCCGCAAUCUCACGACGGUCUCCUUCCGUGCUCCUUCCGCACCAGUCGCCGAUGAAGUGGCGGCCACCCGUGUUGUUGGCGUGGAGGGUGGUUACUGCAGUGCACUCACCCGCGCCGUGCGGCUUCCAUCGUGUCCACUGCAACUGCACGUGUGUGAGCGGACCGGCUGGUCACUGUGGCGGCACCGGCAUGUGCCUUUUGUGUUGUGUUGUGAACAUCCAGCCGCACUGCGGCGUGUGGGGCCGUUGUUGUUGUUGCCGUGUGCAGACGGUGGACUGCGGGCCGCGGGGGAAGUCCCGCACGCCUUCGCCGGGCCGUUGCUGCGUGUGGAACAGCGACUCACGGAGUUGCACGACACCACAUUCGCCUUAAGCCGGCGGUGGGACUCCUGCACAACCGCCAGUGUACAUACCAAUACGACCAAUAUAAAUAUGAAUACGAGAGGAAUUGGGGGACUGCGGCGUACAUGUCAUGCGGUGAGUGUAGAGAGUGCACAUGCGAUACAGAGUGCAACGCGGGUGCUGCGUAAACAGAAUUUUCUCUGCGUGGAUGCGGUGGAGGAGUAUUGGCUGUUAACAAUGCUGGCGGAGGUGCCAGACCCAAUGCUUGGACCAUCUGAGGCUCUCUUGAUUGCACGCAAAAAGGGAUUGCUGGAUGAAUAUCUCCUGCAUGUAUGGGAGGAAUACGCAGGGGAGUUGCAGGAUGUGGAUAUUGGCGAGGUGUUAUAUCUUUGGUAA